UGCAAGCUCACCGCAGUCCCUUUAAGAGCUCCACGGGCCUCCUGGCCUCGGGAGGAAUUUUAUUGGCCUGUUCCACUCUGGGAGGGAGUCCGUUACGAUUGGCUGCUGGAGGCCGGGGGCGGGGCUGAGUGCCACAAACAGGGGUCGUGACUGUUUUUGCAGCUUUGCCUAAACGAAAAACAGCGAGCCUAGGCGCCUGCCAGUCGCCGCUGCCGGGGAAGGCCAGGGGAGUCCUCCGAUCCUGUGGGUCCUGCGCGCUGGCGGUGUCCGGUCACCCACGACCGACCUGCGUAGAACCUCAGCCGCGGGGCUUGCGCGACGCUCCCCGGCUCUCGCUGCUUACCGGGGGUCGGAGUCCCGCGGCCUGCGCAGCCGGGCUCUCAGGGCUGACGGGUUCAGAGAGGCAUUGAACUUAGCCUCUAUCCUCUGGAGAUUUCCCAUGCUGCUUUGCUGCUAGACGUAGAGGUUCAGCAGCCUAUGAGCCAACAGGAAGGAAGAAGGGCACGACCUGAAACUGGCGAGUCACACUCUGCUGGUGUCCACGUGGCCAGUCCUUCCUGCAGGGGAAGCUGGGGAAAGCAGACUGAGAUCCAGGGUUCUGCUGGGCCACUGCCGGUGGAAUGGCCAGCCUGCAGGAGGCCAAUGGAAGCACAGCGUGGCCACCGCCCGCAGCAUCCAAUAUCAGCGAGCCCCACCAAUGCCUGCUGCUGCUGUAUGAGGAUAUCGGCUCCUCCAGGGUCCGGUACUGGGACCUCCUGCUGCUCAUUCCUAAUGUGCUUUUCUUCAUCUUCCUGCUCUGGAAGCUUCCCUUAGCUCGGGCCAAGAUCCGUGUCACUUCCAGCCCCAUUUUUAUCACCUUCUACAUCUUGGUGUUUGUGGUGGCCCUGGUAGGCAUUGCCAGGGCUGUGGUUUCUAUGACAGUCAGUGCCUCUGAUGCUGCCAUAGUUGCUGACAAGAUCCUGUGGGAGAUCACCCGCUUCUUCCUGCUAGCCAUUGAGCUGAGUGUGAUCAUCCUGGGCCUUGCCUUUGGUCACCUAGAGAGCAAGUCCAGUAUCAAGCGGGUGCUGGCUAUCACCACAGUUCUGUCUCUGGCCUACUCAGUCACCCAGGGGACUCUGGAGAUCCUGUACCCUGAUUCCCAUCUUUCAGCCGAGGAUUUCAACAUCUAUGGCCACGGUGGCCGCCAGUUCUGGCUGGUCAGCUCUUGCUUCUUCUUCCUGGUCUACUCACUGGUGGUAAUUCUCCCCAAGACCCCACUGAAGGAGCGUGUAUCCCUGCCCUCACGGAAGAGUUUCUACGUGUAUGCAGGCAUCCUGGCCACACUCAACUUGCUGCAGGGGCUGGGGAGUGCUCUGCUGUGUGCUGACAUCAUUGAGGGGCUCUGCUGUGUGGAUGCCACUACCUUCCUAUACUUCAGCUUCUUUGCACCGCUCAUCUAUGUGGCCUUCCUCCGUGGCUUCUUUGGCUCAGAGCCCAAGAUCCUUUUCUCCUACAAAUGCCAAGUGGAUGAGACUGAAGAGCCGGACAUGCACCUGCCACAACCCUACUCAGUGGCCCGGCGCGAGGGCAUAGAGUCUGCAGGGCCUGCGGGGGUCUCGGCAGCCAGCUACUCCAGCACACAGUUCGACUCUGCUGGAGUGGCCUACUUAGAUGACAUCGCCUCCAUGCCCUGCCACACGGGCAGCAUAAACAGCACAGACAGCGAGCGCUGGAAAGCCAUCAAUGCCUGAGUGGGCACCUAGGCAUCAGGGAGGCCUGUGAAGACAGAUGGGCUCCCAGGUGGAGCAGAGUACGGUUGAGGAACUCAUGUGGAUAGUAGCCCUGGGCAGGGGUAUACCUGCACCCUGGGAUACAGGCUUCUUCCUGUCCUCCACCCCCAGUUCCCCUUGUUACCUGUGCUCCAGCUGGGGACCCCUGCCUUCCCAGCACUACAUUCCUGCUGGGGUCCUGCCUGCCUAUCCCCUGUCCCUUUCCCAUAGCUCUCAGCCUCUUCAGCCAUAAGGCUACAGUGUGUAUAUUUUCUUGAUCUAUUUUUUAAUAAAAGCAAAAAGAGUAGUA